UUCAGGUGGUUCUUCUUGCUUUUCUGUUGGACAGCUUGGCGGUGGAACGGUAAUAUCUACUGAAUAGCUGCGGUGUUUCCAGACUCCGAGUAUACGACGCCGUACGAACAGAAUGGAAGACCUUGAAGCAUUCCUGAGUAGUUUUCAAAACGAGAGAAUUUACGUUGCUUUGAAAACCGGCUCUAAGUAUGUCGGGACUGUGCGGCAAAUACACAUGGAUAAAACCCUCCUGUUAGAAAAAGUUGUCGAUGUACAAACGGGAAGGGAAUUUCCGGGACUGAAACUGUUUUUAGGUCAUGAAAUCGAAAAUGUUGGAAGUGCAGACAAUAUUGGAGCAGAAGGCAAACCAUCUACCACAUAUUCGCACUGCAAUGAUGUUAUAGAUGAAGGAAGUGAAGAUUCCGACCAAGAGGACUGUUGUGGUAUGAAAAAACAAUUGAAUGAAUUUGACAUUCCUGGCAUUAAAAAUGGUGUGGAAGAUGGAAACAUAAAGUAUAUUCUUGUUGACAGCUUUUGUGACCUUUUUGUUCCCGCUAUUAUGCAUAUUAAAAAACAGAAAGUAAUUGGUGUUGGCAUCAGUGGUGUGGGCUUAUUUCAACAAAAUAGACUUUGCUGGAUGCAGAUUGCAACAAAGACGAGAGUUUAUUUAUUUGACAUCAUGCUCCUUGGAUCAAGAGCUUAUAAAAAUGGGCUUGCUAUGGUUUUGGAAAACAGUAACAUCCUAAAGGUGAUACAUGACUGUCGCAGUAUGUCUUCUUGCUUGCACACACUGUUUGGAACUGAUUUGACAAACGUAUUUGAUACACAGGUUGCUGAUGUGAUGUAUUACUACAAUGAAACUGGGGGGUAUCUACCAGACCGAGUCAGUCCACUUGAGGAAUGCUUGGUGCGCCAUUUAAAAAUAUCUGCGUCCUCCUUGCAGUUUAUAUCAAGGAGCCCUGAAAUGUUUUAUGAUCGACCGUGUCCUGCUCAUUUACUCAAUGUAAUGGCAUUGUCUGUUGUUCAUCUUCAAGAGUUAAGACUAGCCCUGCUGGAUGCUCUUAUGUCAGACUUUACUAGUUUAGUGGACUCUUACCUGAGCAUAAAUCUUGAGGAACCUUUUCACUUGCAAACAUUGUCUCCGGAUUCUAUUCUGGAUCUUCCCAAAGAACUGAGGCAGCUGGAAGUAAAAGCAGCACAGCGUCGGGAAUGGGCUCAGAAAGAGUAUAAAAUGAAUGAAGAAGGCCUUCUAAUUCGGCCUUCUCUCCCUCUUGGUGAAGAAAUUGUUGUAAAUAAAAGACCGAAAAGCAGAUCUUACCACCAGAAUUUAAAAUACAUGAAUGUUUCUGAAACUUUACACAAUAGCAAAGCCAAAUGUAUUCCUUGGAGUAAAGCUUGCAUUCAGCCUACAUUUGGUGCCACGUUUUCCGAGACAACAGAUGCUGAAGCACAGAAUGAAUAAGUGACCUGGUGUCAUACAUUGAAUAACCGAUAGUGAUUGAACAUCGCAACCUGGAGUUCUUAAAAUCAAACAUUUUUAGGCUCCAGACCACACUGUCUUUAUGCUGAAUACACACACCGACCUGUCAAAUUGUUUGAGUAACAAUACAAUUAAGUGUAUAACUGCUUUUAUAAUUUAAUUAAAUUGGACUCGGAUUCAGCAGAUCUGUAGUCUGUGCGCAUGGGGGCGUCACUUUCAAGAAUUUCAGCUUUGAAAGCUUCAGUGGAAACCGUAAAGUUAGUUACCCAUCCAUUUACUUCGAGAGCUAUAUAAUAUUGGAUAAGAUUAUCAAUUCAAUCAGUUCUGCUGUCAACAAGUAAUAAUCACAUUUGUCUUGCCAGCCUUCUUUAAUGAAUGAUAAGAUUCACACUGUGCUAUUUCUUUUUUUUUUUUGUACAUUUGAUUACACUUAUUACACUUGCACGUCUUAUUUUUUUGGCAGAGCUGAUGUAAGGUGUUUCCAUAUUGUGCUGGGUUCACUAAGAAGGAGGAUAUCCUGAAGUUUAUCAAGUGUUGUGUACUAAUGGCUAAGGUGCUGAACUGUCAUGUGUUCAUUUCCUUGUUCAGUUCUCAUGACUAAUUUUUUAUGUAACCCCAUGUGAGCAAAUUAUCUGCCAGUGCUUCACAUAUGCAAAUAUGAAUGCAAUUGUAGCAGUAAAUCUUGGUUUUCCAUAGCAUAGUUCUAACAUCUAAAAUAUACAGAAACAAAUCGUUUAUAUAAAAAAAAAAAAAA